ACGUGUGUUGUAGCUGAGCGCGCUCCUUGCCACGUACGUCAGGCUGAAGAGUAAAGAUUCUCCGCUUGGUUGCAUCGAGCAAUCAAUUUUUAUAAACUCAAGACACCACACAACAGGAGAAACACUUUUUCACUGACAAAUGGAGGGUCUGCCACAAGAGGACUGAGAAUUUUAUUGCAAAUAACGGAUAACGAAUGAACAAUGGCGAAAUCAAAAUCCCACGAACGCACGCCAAAGGCCAAGAACAAACAUCUCAAUCAUAACCACCAGAGGAAAGAAACAGAAUCCUCUAGGAUGAAUGUCAUGAAUACACUGUUGACGGUAACUUGUAUGGCUGUUGCUGCGUGGUUUGGCUACAAGGGAUAUCUGGAGACCAGAGUCAAUACUCCUUUUGAUACAGAGAAGCUCGUCACUCUGAGCGGUCUCGACACAGCGGACCGAUACUGGGGUUCAUACAGAUCGAACCUCUACUUUGGUAUGAAAACCCGUGACCCUCAGUCCCUCGUCAGUGGUCUGAUGUGGUACCGUCCUAACGACCUGCGCCAGGGCAGCCAGUCCUUUCGGCACUGGUGCGAGCAGUCGGACAAGCUGGAGAAGUACGGAUGGCUGGAGCACGAUGGCAAGACCUUUGGCAUCCAAGAGAUUGUCGAUGGGGAUCUGAUAAUAAAAACUUCGUAUGUGAAAAAACCUGGUGGUCGACACGGCGGGGACUGGACAGCUCGCAUUGGUGUCACCUUCAAGGACUCUGAGCUUUCCCAGGCCGAAAAAUCCGAGGAGAUAUCUUUCAUAUUCUACUCGGCUCUCGAGGACAAGUCGACAGGGAACAUUAAGGCUUCUUUAGGAGCCGAUAAUAGACUCUCAGGGAUGGAGGGCUACACCGACGGCCUGGGGGCCUACAGAUUCUCCAUGAAUCCAACUAAGGGAACAGUGGAGGAGCACUCAUUCCUCAUAGCGGUGAUGCCGGGUCUGGAUCUCGUUCGUGAGACAGUCCUGCAGAAUCUUCGUGUAGCUUCACAGAAGGGUUCAAACAUGAAGAGAAUUGUCCUCGGAGGUGACCAACUUCCUCCCAAUGCCGAGGGUAAAAAAACCGACCCGAAUUUCUGUGCAACGCAGGUGACAGCCAAAGUACCGUUCGAGUUUGAAGUGCUCUUCGAGUCUGGUAGUGUUCCUCUGAGGAAGGAGAAGCUAACAGGCAAGAACUUCGACUCAGCCCUCUCUGAUCAGCGGAAACGUUUUCACGAUAAAUUCGAAAAGACAUUCAAGCUGGAGGAGAAAGGAUUCAAGGAGGAUGCCAUAGAUUUCGCAAAGCUGGCGUUCUCCAACCUGAUCGGUUCCAUCGGUUAUUUCUACGGGACUGCGCAGGUGCAGAGUGUCCACACGAAGAACCCGGUGCCUUACUGGAAGACACCACUCUACUCAGCAGUCCCUAGUCGUUCUUUUUUCCCCAGGGGAUUCCUUUGGGACGAGGGUUUCCAUGGGCUUCUCAUAUCCACCUGGGAUUUGGACAUUGAAUUAGACAUCAUGAGCCAUUGGUAUGACCUCAUGAACUCAGAGGGCUGGAUCCCGAGAGAGAUGAUCCUGGGGUCUGAGGCCCUGAAAAAAGUCCCCGAAGAGUUCGUCACCCAGAUUAGCACUAAUGCCAAUCCACCUACGUUCUUCCUGACUCUCGAGUACAUCCUGAAUACCAGAGAGGUGGAGCUGCUGGACAGGCAUUACAAGCUCCUGGGGAAGAUAUAUCCAAGAUUGCAGGCGUGGUUCGAGUGGUUCAACACAACACAGGUUGGAGAUCUUCCCGGGACCUAUCGCUGGAGGGGAAGGGACGGCUUGACGAACAAAGAACUCAAUCCUAAGACGCUCACAUCUGGGCUGGAUGAUUAUCCCAGGGCUUCGCAUCCUAAUGUGGAUGAGAGGCAUGUUGAUCUAAGGUGUUGGAUUGCUUUUGCUGCUGGAGUAAUGGCGAGACUGGCUGUUCUGUUGGAGCAGCCCAGCCAGAGGUACAACGAGACUUAUCGUUACCUCACAGACAACCAGAUGUUGAACGAGCUACACUGGUCAACAGAUGCUCAAAUGUACGCCGAUUAUGGACUCCACACAGAUAAGGUGGAGCUGCGACGAUCCUUUGCUGCCCCCAGGCCUCCAACCUCUCCAGACCUCAUCAGAGUCGUCUUGGCGGAUCCGACCUUGAGAUUCGUCGACUCCACUUUCGGCUACGUCUCGCUGUUCCCCUUUAUCCUGGGAAUCGUUGAGUCCGAUUCCCCAAAUCUGGACAAGAUUUUGAAUGAUUUAACCAAGACUGAGUUACUGUGGACCAAGUAUGGGCUCAGAUCACUGGCAAAGUCAUCCCCAUAUUACAUGAAGUACAAUACAGAGUACGAUCCACCUUAUUGGAGAGGCCCCAUCUGGAUCAAUUUGAAUUAUUUGACCCUGAGGGCUCUCAAUCACUACUCGCAGGUCCAGGGGCCCUAUCAGGCGAAGGCCAAGAAAAUUUAUCAAGACUUGAGGGAGAAUGUAAUCAAAAAUAUGAUGGCACAGUACAAAAGGACGGGCUUCGUUUGGGAAAAUUAUGGGGAUGUAUAUGGCGAAGGUAGAGGCUCCCAUCCGUUUAAUGGGUGGUCCUCGCUCGUUGUUAUGAUCAUGGCGGAGAUCUACUGAGGAGAGCCUCUUCAGUUUCUUGAUUGACGUGUUGUGGACAAUCAGACGGUUUUUAAGAGGUGUUAGUGAAUGAGAUGUUUUUUGUUUGUUCGACGGUUUUACGUGUGUGUUUUAUCGAACAUUUUGAACAGAUUCUUCGAAGAAAUUUCCAUGAGCAGAUCUCUUUGGAAGCGGUGGAAAUUUUUUACCAAAGCGAGCGUUGGGAACUUCCUUUAAUGAUAUCUUCACGGAUAUAAUCUGAGAAUUCACUUGAGAUCUAUUUUGUGCCAAGAAAUUUGAACAGAUUAUUCUCAAGAUAUCUUGAGAAUAAUCUGUUCAAAUUGAGAUACUAAUGAAUCGUGGGAAAAUCUCAACAAAUCUUUUUAAAAGCACAACAAUUUUCUAUUCAAACAUUUUUCAAAAUUCACUUUAGACUUGUAUUAACAAUUUUGUAUGAAUUAUUCUGAAACUAGUAGGUUUACAGAAAAAACGCGGUGUUUUCUAAAUAAUUCGAAUUCGCAAGACUUUUGUGUUGAUUAUUCUAGAAAUAUCUCUGAACUGAGUUCAGACAAAAAAAUAAUUUCAGAACCUAUUUGGCAAAUUUACCCGAUACCUAUUUUCAAAGAUAUUUGUUGAAUAAUUCUUCACCGUCAUAGAAUUGAUUUACCAAUUUUUACAGCACAAGGUAGCAUAAAAAUGGUAUGAAACCAUGAACAUAAUUUUGUUUGAACUGUGUUGUUAAAUAGCUUCUUAGCGGAACUCAAUAUAAAUAUUGAAUUAAUAAAUAAUAAUGCAACACAGUGCGUGAAUGGUGUACUUCCAGCUUGUGUGAGGCUGGCACUCACCAGACCACAAUUUUUGACUGAAUGAUGAAGAAUGAAGAUAAUAACAAUUGACUGCUUAAUUAUGCUAAGGGGAGAAUGCAAUAAAAAAUGAUUAAAUCAAUAGAUUCACGUAUUUGUAGCUUAAUAGUAAGACAGUUCGAGGGAGUAAAUUUGUAAGAAGUCAUAUACCAAAAUGCAAUAAAUGAAACAAUUGUAUAAUAAGACUGCGGGAAUUGUAAAUUGCGGUAAAUGAUGAUAAUUCCAUCGGCAUUUAUUCAGUGGACAUAAUUUUUCAUUCGCACGUUUGCGAUUUCUUUUUUUGUGAAUGUCCUGGGUGUUUCAUGAAUUGUUCAAUGAAUAUACAUACAAUAAAAUUUCUUGUCAAAAUCUAGACAGUCGGAGGAAAUUGUUGACUGAUCUAAAUUUUUCCAUGGAACUUCUCUUCUAUUGCUACAAUCUAUAAUCAAGCAAAGAAAUUUGGAAAAUGGGAAUCGAAGAAUUACUAUAGAAAAUAUUUCAAAAGGAUAUUAGAAUCUAUAGACUAUAUUCUAACAGGGGUUAAAUGCGAUAGACUUGGAUAUGAAAUUUUUUCGUAUGUGUAUUCUGUUUUAAAAUGAUAGAAGACAAUAUAAGGGUCACAAUUAAAAAAAUUAAGAAUCAAAUACGGACAAAUUGAGAGGAGAAUAAAAAUUUGAUUCGUUUGCCCACCAUUCUGGAAAUGCCGUGAGUGAGUUCCAUGACCUUCUCAAAAAACUGCUUUCUCAAUUGUAUGAAAUAAAUCUAAAGGAGGGUUAUGUAACGUGUAUGCAUGCAGCGAGGAAUCCUUGUAUUUUAACAAAAUAAAUAAUAAACUCUGCAACUGUUGUAAGCCGCGAGUUCGGGUGGGAGUAAUUGAACGUUUUUAAACGCUGAGUAAUGAAUUCUAGAUAAGGAUUUUUCAAACCUGGCUGUGAAGAAACAAAAAUACUAACCAGAAAAGACAGUUAAUGCAUUUUUUUCUCGUCUAGCUGUGGGAUUACGAUUGUCCCUGUCUUUUAAUAAUUUUGAGAGGGUGGAAGUAGUCAAACAUCAUCAUUGUAGGAUAGGUAUUUAUCGAGAAACGUGCACUUUGUGGCGAACAAUAAACGAAAUUCUCUUUUUGGGCUUUUGAAGCGUGAGUGUACUUUGUAAUCGGAGUGUAAUCACCAAUGUUUUUUGGAUUAUUUCAUUUAGAUACUUUAUUGUAAACCAAUAAACGAGUCGAAUUGA